CAGAACCUGCCUUCCUGAUGAGAUGCACAUUAAAUAUCGUACAGCAUGUCUGCGCAUGAAUGAAACUUAGAAGUCCAGAUUUGUUUUCGUUUGAAUGUUCCCAUCUACCAUGCUGGUGCAAAAGCUAAGUGGAGUCACAUUGCUGCUGUUGCUGUGUCAACAUGCAUGUUUUCUCUCUGCAUGUGACGAUGCAAAACAAUCAGUGACCUGUGAAGGAGACUCUGCAUCCCUCAGCUGUGGCUCUGGAUUCAUAAAUGUCCUUUGUGCCAACUAUGGACGGACUGAUGGUGAAACUUGCUCUGCUGGGAAACCUCCUGGGCAGCUCUCAAAUGUUCACUGCUCCUCAGAAACAUCCCUCCAAACGAUGGCUACUCGGUGUAAUGGAAGAGAAAGCUGUUCUGUUCCAGCGGUGAACUCUGUUUUCAAUGAUCCCUGUUUUGGGACCUAUAAAUACCUGGACGUAGCUUAUGAGUGUCUCCAAUCUAAGCAGCACAUAACUUGCGAAGGUUUCAGAGGUGAUAUUACCUGUGAGGAGGGUGUCAUUUCUGUUCAUUAUGCCAAUUAUGGACGGCGGAAUCUUGCAACAUGCCCUCAUGAAUUGGCAACUACAGCACACUGUUACUCUAAUCGGACUGACCGUAUGCGUUCCAGGUGCAAUGGAAAGAAGUCUUGUCAUGUGCUAGCUUCAAAUUCUGAGUUCUCUGAUCCAUGUGUAGGAGUCUAUAAGUACCUGGAAGUGACGUAUUGCUGCGUAGGACCUGAAGCUCCAGCAUGUCAGCCUUUUGGGCCUUGGGGUCAACUAGGAAAAGAGUGGUUUACACGGAAGCCUCUAUCACCAGCUGGGGGACCACGUACAAUGGGCAUGCAGUCUCAGGGAGGAUCUCAAAGCAUGGUGGGCAUCACACGGCUCCUGGUUAUUUUAGAAAAGGACAGCCGCAUUAAGUUGGACCUUCCAAAUGGCAUCCCAUCCUCUGUUGACGAAUUGUCAACAGAUGAUUUUCUUUUUGUUCACAUGUACCAAUCUACCAUGCUGAUGCAAAAGCUAAGCGGAGUCACUUUGCUGCUGUUGCUGUGUCAACAUGCAUCUUUCCUCUCUGCAAGUGAAAAUGCAAAACAAUCAGUGACCUGUGAAGGAGACUCUGCAUCCCUCAGUUGUGAAUCUGGAUACAUAAAUGUCCUUGGUGCCAACUAUGGACGGACUGAUGGCAAAACAUGCUCAGAUGGGAAACCACCUGGGAAGCUCUCAAAUGUUAAAUGCUCCUCAAAAACAACCCUCAAAAAGAUGACAGUUCGGUGUAAUGGAAGACAAAGCUGUUCUGUUUCUGCAGUGGACUCAGUUUUCUCUGAUCCUUGUAAAGGGACUUAUAAAUACCUGCAAGUGUCUUAUGAGUGUCUCCCAAUUAAGAAGCGCAUAACUUGUGAAGGUAGCAAGAAUAACAUUACCUGUGAGAAGGGUGUUAUUUCGGUUCAUUAUGCCAAUUAUGGACGGCGGAAUCUUGCAACCUGCCUUAAUGGAUUAGCAACUAACCCAGACUGUUACUUUGAUCAGACUGCCCGUUUCAGUUCCAGGUGCAAUGGAAAGAAGUCUUGUCUUCUAGAGGCUUCAAGUUUGGUGUUAUCUGAUCCGUGUAAAGGCGUCUAUAAGUACCUGGAAGUGACAUUCUCCUGCAAAAUCGCUUAGCAUGAUCUGCAUCAGUCGGUGAGGAAACUUCCUGUGAGAGCAGAAGCAGAACAUCCUUUUCUUUAGCACUGGCAUUUCUGUUUCUCUUCUGAUUCUCUUUUCUUUAAAUCAGCUUUGAAACAGUUUAUUUCAAAAAGCUUCAUACAAAUAAAUUGCAGUUGAA